GAGGAGAGAAGAAGAGACGAGAGACGCGCCGCAACUUGCUGCCUCUCCCCCCUCGGCUCCCUGGCCGCGCCGCUGCGGGCUGCGCUCCGCGGGAGGCGGCGGCACCCAGGGACGCUCCGCUCGCGGGGCCGGCUCCUCCCGGAGGAAUCAUUUGUCAAUACUGUGUCACACUUGAACAUCAAGCCCUACAGAGCCUACAAGCCCAGAAGCUUUUGCUUCCUCACUGGGAGAGCCUGUAUGAAGACCUGUGUGGAUGAUGUUAUAAGGCUCUGCCAAGACAACCAGAGAGGCACAUUGCUUGGCAGUGGUCAUCGCUGAGGAGAGGUGGCUCUUGGGCGCCAGUGCUCAAAAUCACCAGUGAGAUGUUUGUGCUUUGCCAAGAAACAGAAGGUGCAUGCAGCACAGAUGUCAGUCUUCUUCAAGGAGUAACUUCUUCAACCCCAAGUGAUACCAGCUCCUGCUAGUACCAUGGGGCUAGAGGGUGUUUUUUUAGGCACUGGACAGAUCCAUGUAAUCCUGUGGGGAAGUUUGGCAGCCAUGACAACACUCUUGUUCCUCACCUUCCUCAUCUUCCUUUGCUCCAGCUGCAAUGGGGAAAAGAAGGCCAAAAAUCAGAAUGGAGAUCAUGAAAAUCUGAUGAAUGUGCCUUCCGAGAAGGAGGUGUUCAGCCAUUCCAUCACCAGUUCUGUAACGGAGCCUCCCCCAAACAGUGAACAGAACGGAGCCCUCAGCAAUGGAGACGUUCUUUCUGAGGACAGUACAGCUGCCUGUAUCCAGCCUUAUGAAGAAGUACAGACAUCUGAUCUACUAGAUCAACAGGAUAGUCUGGGAAAGUCUAUAAAAUGUCACCAGAGCCGGGAGCUACCCAGUAUUCCCCCUAACAACCCUAUGGAAACUAUAAUCUCAUCUAGAAAUGCAGAAAAUGAUCAAGGCCUUGGAAUGGAAGGGCCUUAUGAAGUCUUGAAAGAUAGCUCCUCUCAGGAGAACAUAGUUGAAGACUGCUUGUAUGAAACUGUGAAGGAAAUUAAAGAUGUUGGAGCAGUAGUCAGCAUGGAAGGGAACUCUAGCAGCAAAUCAAAGGCCUCACUGACAGUUUCUGAAGGUCAGAAUCAGAUUCCUGAGUGCAGAAUUGAGUCAGCAGAAUAUGCAUCUGUUGACCGAAAUAAGAAGAGUCGCCAAAGUGCAAAUUCAGAAAGUCCUCUUGACAACAUACCAGAUGUAGAGGAUGAGCUUCCCCCUCCAGUACCCAUGAAACUUCUUGAUGAAAAUGAAAAUGUGCAAGAAAAAGAAGUGGAAGAAGAAGUGACAGAAGGAGCAAGUAAACCGGAAAAGAGGCUGAGUUCAGUGUCUUACAAGUCUCGAGAGGAAGAUCCAUCUCUUACAGAAGAUGAGAUCUCAGCCAUGUACUCAUCGGUGAGUAAGCCGGGACAGACCAUCAAGGCACUGGAUUCUCCUUACACCUGUAUUCAAGAAAUUGCAUCUCAGAGGUCCCCGUCCAUUUGCAGUGGCCUCUAUGCAAGUGUGAAGGACUUUGAAAACGCCCUCAAUUCCACCACUGUGCCUCAGUCAGCGGACAGAGCAAACGGGGAGCUGGAGCCGGACUAUGAAGCCAUCCAGGCAGUGAGCCAAGAGGAAGACAGGACCUUGGUGGUGCCCAACACAAACCACACUGCUCUUUCAGGAGAGAGCGACUACGAGAGCAUAGGGGACUUGCAGCACCACAGGGAAUUCACCAGACUUUAACCACUCUGGCAGUAGAUUUCCACGCUGUUAUUUGCAAAGGACAAUGAAACAUGGAGAGGGAAGUGCUUUUCCUAUGGAACACAAGUUGUGAAGAAGCAAUGCACAUUUCAGCCAGGGUGUGAUACCUGCUUGUUUUUCUGGGUGGUGGAUCAAGGCUCAUGGGAAAGGGUACAUCAGGUCAGAAAGAUGACCUGAUGUAAAUGGAAAAUGUAAAGGUUUCUUUAUUGUUAUUUGCUCCAAGGCAAAUGCAAUUUGGGAAGGAGUGUCACGCUUGUUGUCCUGAUAGGAUUACGUACCAAAAAGACUACCUUUACACAAAACUAGCUUCUCAUUUUAAGAGAUUAUUUUAUGUAAUUUUCUUCCAAGUGUUUUUCAAGCAUAAUUUUUCAUUCAAGUUUUGGCAUCUGCAAUGUUGAGCAAACCACGGAUAAUUGUACCUCAACUCAGACUUACUCUGUGGGGCUGGGGAAGAUGCACUCACUUCUGUGUCUUUUGGGGAACUCUGUCCACCUUCACUGCAACUAAAGUGCAAACAACAGUAGUUCACAAGGGACUGACUCCAAAUGUACUUGAAUUAAUUCUGCUGGCUUUUUCUUUUUUCUGUUUCUUUUUUUUUUUCUUAAUGUCAAGGGCUGUAGAAUGUGACUUGCAGUAUUUGAGAUGUGUACUGGUAUUUGUAGGGGUUUUGUUUGAUUAUUUGUGAAAUACCCCUUUAAAAUGGCAACGGUCACCCUUAGCAUUCUUGCACUGUUUCCCUCAAAUGGACAUAAACACCUACACAUACACACCCCAGACCACUGUCAUGUUGCAAAAAUUGUGCAAUUGAAUGCAUUGGCAUAAUGUGUAAUCUAACCUUAGUAGUGUUAAGUAAUUUUUUUUUGCAGAAUUUUGCCCUUUUUAAAGACUGAGCUAUUUUAAUGUUUGUCUAGUUUCUUAUAUAGGAAAAAUUCUGUACUGUGUUCAGUGGGUAAUACUUUUUUUUUUACAACAUAUUUUUCAUCUUCAAAGUUUUUAUAGAUUAACUUACUAGGGUUUGUAACAGGAGGAAUCCCAUUCUUUAUUUGGGCUUGAUUUUUGUUUUGGUUUUUUUUUUUCCUAUUUCAAAAGUAGAUAAAUGAAAAUUGCUUUGGGGUUGUUUUGUUGACUUUUUCUGUCUCCUUGAGCAGGGAAAUGGAACAUGCCUUGCUGUUUUUAAGCUAAAAUCAUGGAGUCUAUGUAAAAGAACACUGCCAAAGGGCAAAAAAGAGGCAAAAGAGACAGUGGGAUUUAGUCAGGCAUAGCCACUGGUCCUCCUUGUUCUUCUCCUAAAAGGAGCAGGAGGGCAACCAAGACCUACUUGGGCCUCUGAAAAACAGUUUGAAAGCCACUGGCUUUUCAAAAAUGCUGAGUUAUUCUGUUACUGUGAAAAAAAAGUACAGUGCUUGGAUGAAAUAAGCAGGUACUGGAUUGGUACCUUUUUUCUUCAAUAAUAAUACAAUAAAUAGUACAAUGGUACAAGAAUAGUCCAAGAGUAAAGAACUAGCAUUGCGUGACAUGCAUGUGCACAUAUCCCCAUGUAUAUAAGCAUACACUUGUAAUUUGGACACAAGUAUAAGUUAUAGUCCAAGCUGGCAACAUUCACAUACAUAAUAUCUGGCAUGUGCUUGAAGAGCAGUUUAUUUUUAAUUCAAAAUAAACAGUACAUAAACUGAGGUUGGCUUAUUCUGUAGUAAACAAAACUGGUUUACUUUCAGCUCAAUUGGUACUGGGUUUUGAAGGUUGAGCCCUUCUCGGAUCCUUGGUCAGUUCUCAACAUGACUUGGUACUAUAAAGAGCAAGCAUAGAUCUAGUUAACACAUUUAUUAGAAAUAGCUUCAUAACUGAGAGAAGUGUGCUGAUUUACAGGCUUUGCCUGCAAGUAGUACAGCUCUGAGGAGCAGUGCAGUUGAGCAGUCAGCCCACGGGGUGGUUCAAACUUUGUGGAUCCUGACCUUGUGUGACAGUGCAACACAAUCGAUCUACAACUCUUCCUUGGAGGAGAAGCAGUUCAGACCACUCCACAUCCAUCCUGUUCUUGACCAUGCUGCCAUGUUUUGACAGCUGCAGCAAACCCUUUGAUUCCACUUCAGUGCUUUUUAAGGAUGACUGUGGUUCUGCUUUCUGGAGUUUUUCCCUUUAUAAAAGUUUUUGUUUCUGUUUCCUUGAAUGUGAAUUCAUGAAGUUCACCUUUGAAUGUUCUCUCCUUCUACUUCACACUGUUUAAGGCCAAAGAUACACCAUUUUUCAGAAGAUUUGUCAUGCUAAGUCUGGAGAAUUUCUUUAGUCUUUAACUAUGUGUUUGCUGUCUGUUCCUUGCUCAGGGGUACCAGUUUAUACAUGUAGUCCUCAGUCUGACUCCUGCAGUUUAGUGGCAGGCAAACCUCAACUCCUGAUAUUCCCAAAUGCAUCUCAAGAUGUAGUUAUUGUUCUGCAUGGGUGACUGCUUUUGGAGAAACAGUAGGAACAUAAGGUUUGCCAGGUUCACUGGAUUCAAUUUCAAGACCAAUUCAAAGGUAUCUUUAGAUAAUGUCAGUUGAUAGCAAAGAAUAGCACUGAAUUCUUGAUUGUAAAAUUUUAAGGUGCAAAAGAAGAAAAGCAAACAUCACUCUAGAAAUACCCCCAUUGGGACCAGCAAGUCAAAGGAUGGUGGAGGACUGUCCAGUCAUUCUGUUGUCUUUCACAGCCAGAUCAGAAAUGUUGCUUUGUAGGAAGGGACACAAAUCCUUCCGUUCUUUCUUUCCUCUGUUCUGACAACUGCUUCUGAGACCCCCCCCCAGGCUUCCCUUUUACAUAGUGAAAGAAAAAUUUUCCUCCCCCUCUCUUCUUUCUUUGGUUUCUGUUUUUAACCUGUCUCCUACAGCCUUGCACUGGGAGCUGGUACCAUGUCUGCAGUGCUGUGGCAGUGGCACAUUCUUUCCUCUUUCAGUUACUUUCAGGCUGGUCACAACCCUUUAAUGGUUCAUCAGACCUCAGUCUCAUGGAGAAGCAAUUCACAUUUCGGAUUGCUGCUUUUGGGAUAUGUACCUGCCCUCGGCCUUGAGACUCACACACACUGGACUUAAAAGCUGCAAAAAUUAAUUACCCUCCUGAACAAGGAUGUAUGGGGGAAUCCGUAACUCCCCUGCAAUCUCCAUUAUGUAGUUUAAUGCUAAAUGAAAAUGGUUUAGAAUUCAGACCUAGGUUGGUAAGUGAGUAUUUACAUUUCUUGACAAAGAAUCAAGGUUCUGGUUUAGUUCCCUCUUCCCAGAAGUAAUACCUGUUCCUUUAUGGCUGCUGUCAAUGCUUCCUUUUCAUUAAUACAUUUGAUAGACAGAUGUUUCCAGCAGUAAUUCCCAAAGAGAUUCAUCUGACUGUAAAGAAAAGGGAGUUUCUUCUACUUGUCUCUUUACUGCUCUUUUUAACUCUUUCACCAUAUCCCUAAAUAAAAUAUCAACAUCCAAAAUGAAGUGUUUGUUACCUGGUGAUGUUUUCUGGGGAAGAUUGACAGUCUAUUUCUUUGCUUCCUUUUUUUGGCACAACUGUACAAUAAGAUCUCCCAGCAAAUUGCCACAGUAAGGCCAACAGAAGCUGUAAUGUGUAUAUAACUGCACUAGUGAAGAGGUCUUUUUGAUUUCCCUCUGGGAACGGGUAGAAAAUAGGAAAUGCAGUUCAGACAUCUCUUCCACGAAUCUGUGUCUUCCAUGAGAGUUGUUCUUACCACAUACCUAGACCAGUGCUAAUCCAAUAUGUAAACCAGUCAUCCUGUUCUACCAUGAGUGUAGAAUAACUUUCUCAGUCAGAGAGAGAAAUAAAUUCUUUGCAGAUACCUGUAGCAUGGGCAUGUACCUAAUUACCACAGUUAGAUCAGUUAUAGUGCCUUUUCUACAAAGUAGCUAGUACUUCCAUACUCUUUUCCAUACUGUAUGUGUUUAACUCAAAAGUACAAAGGGACAACCCCAACGUUUACUUGUCCCAACUUGGAAACAUCUUUAUAGAGACACAUUUAAUGUUAACUCAGUUAACUAGACCUCAGUUAGCCCUACAAUAGCAAUAGUCACUCACAAACAUCCACUAAAAAGCCCAGUAAUGUAGCUAUGAUGACCAAGCUUUGCAAUAAGAAUUAUCAGUCUUCUUUUGAAGAACCUAGCUUUUACAAUAGUGAGCAUUCAGGGAGGUGGUGUUCAUGUCAACUGUGAACAAUUUGUUGCUUUAGUCUUUCUAUUCAUAUAAAUUGCAGGCUUGCUUACAUGUAGCAGGAUCCAUGGGGUGAGGGAUGAGUAGUGUGGGGAUUCAUAUUCAUGAGUAACCCAGAGCUGGCUCAUCCCCAUAGUUUCAGCUGGCUGAUGACCAGCUGCCUUUUCUCCAAGCUCUCAUCUAUCGUGCCUUCAAGGAAUCCAUCCUGAGGGGCUGCAUGCUUCUCCAUGGCUCCCUAAACAGCUCCUGUCUGCUGGUUUGAACACGAUUCCGUGUUCGCGGUGCUCUCAGUUCAAUCUCUCAAUGGUGCUUCUGUAAGAUGCUGGAUAAAUGGUUUGCAUGUGUAAAGCAGUGACACAGAGUGCUCUCUCUGGUAUUGUCUGCUUUCCAGAACUUCAUGUUAACUGUGCUGCUCUUGACUACAGAAGCUGACAGUGCUGCCCUGUCUCUUGCUCGUCUCACUGCAGCCAGGGCAGAGUCACCCCAUGUGGCAGCCCUGCCCAGGCUGGGACACGGGUGUUUAAAAGCAGCCAUUCAGGCCAGGUGACUUGGCUUGGAAGCAGCUAGAGAGGACUCUCAUCUGUGCACUGUGGGACUGGAAACAUCAUACCCCAGCUCAAGGACUUGAUUUCUGUCUCCUCUUGUGCAUAUACAUUUGUUUGCCACGUGACUGUAAGAAAUCUGUUGUAUCAAACAUUUCAAUUUGGACCACACUCCAGUGAGGGGCUCUUGCUCUUAGGCAAAUAACCAGUUAUUUCAGAUGAGUUUUAUUUUUUGAGGUUGAAGUAUGCCUGAAUAAGGCUUUUACAUGCCUCACAAGUAAUUUGGUGUGGUAGUCUGCUGCAAAACAGAAGAAUGCAGAAAGAUGCUUAGCCUGACAGAUGCUCCUUUGGUGGUGUGCUGAAGACUUUCAAGGGCAGGUCCCUUCCUGGGAGCAGGGAACAUAAUUACUGUUAAUACAAUUUCAUAUCCUGGUGCUGAAGUUGAUUUGUAGCAUCUCUUCUGGCAGGGUGGUGGCUGAAGUCAUUGCCAGAGCAGAUCUCAGCCUCAGAAAAGAAAAAUAUAUAUAUAAAAUAUAUAUAUCUUGCUGGCAAGCAACAUGUGUUCAGGAUUAUGUUAAAGAUAAAUGGAACAUCACAGAGCUAAAAAUACAGGGUUCCCUUUCUUCAAGGAGAGAGAACCCCCUUGGCUGGUCAGCAUAAAAUAUGCCAGGCUUACAAAGCUUGUUAAACAAGUUAAUUGCCUAUGUGGUGAUUUUCCAGGAGUGCAUUAGGAUAUCACAUACAGUAGGCACUGUUCUUUUCUCCUGAACAGCAGAAAAAUGACAAUUUAUUUGUAAUACAAGGUUCCCAUUGAUUAAUUGAUAAUACUUAAUUUACAUAUAAUCCAAAGGUCAGCAAGAGUGUCUACACAAUGUAGAUAUAUUUUAGCUCUGGCACCCCAAUUUCCAUAGAAAUGCACAGAUUAUCUUUAAAUUACAAACACACUGGUCUGUGCCUAGUCUAUGGGAAAUAUAAAUCUUACAGUUCUGUUUUUACAAGCUGUGAGGUUUUGUUUCUGGAGGCCUUCAGUUUUAAGCUGGCCAGAAGGACAGUCACUAGAAAUAUGAUAGCAAAGUGCCUAAAAAUAUGGAUGUUUCUGUAAAAUUAAAGAUGCUCACUGUUAUUGCACUUGACUACUGUAUGUGGUGCUCUCUUGCCAUACACAUUCCUAAAUAUUGGCUUUCAUUUGUGGUGUUCUUUUAUUGUAAUAAUAGCACAGUCUGACAAGGGCUUUGUCUCUGCAAAUUCAUUGGCUAAUUUUAACUAGCAUGUGUUUGUACAGAAAAUACAAUUUUUUUCAUUUAGAAAGCAGGUAUGUUAUUUCCUAUAGUUUAUGAUAAUGCAACAAUUGGCUUAGGUUAUUUAUAAGGUAUGUAAGUAACUUGACUUCAGAAUGCUUCAUUUGAGAUUUCAGAAUGCCUCCUAUUCACUACAAGACAAUAUAACCAACUCUUGUCCUUUUAAUCUUGCUAUAUUGAGGAAGGGGGCUUAAACAUUACGAAUCUUAUUACUAUAAAGAAAAAAGAGACAGUUCUGAUGUUUUCAGUUCCUAAUGUCUAAAAAGAAAACAAUUAUAACUCAUAUUUUAACUUUCAGCAUAGGUGGGAUUUGGACUACCCUCUUAUUUAUGGGACUGCUCUUCCCCACUGUGUUCAUCUGUCACCACCUGAGAAUCUCUUUUGUCCUUAGUGAAAUAUGACAGUUGUACAGAGGGCACAGAAACUGCAUCACAUUAACACUUCUGAAUGGGACCUUUUCAAUGUGCCUGUGAGAUUCAGAAGCCUGGACUUCAGUCUGAUGUUUUGAGGUAAUUGCAUCCUGUCUGGAGGACAUCUGUGGAGGUCUUCACUUUCUUUCUAGGCAAGAAAUUCUGUAGCUUGCAAGCACUCACAUGACAGUCAAAGACACAUAUAAGAUGUGAAUCAUCACAAUGUUUAAAUGCAUUAUUAAAGAGACAUUAUCUAAGAGCAUUAUCUAAGAGCACAAGAACCUGCUUUCUUACAUGUCUGAGGAUACUGGAAUUUGCUCUUUGUAUCUGAGACUGAGAAAGGUCACAAAACCAGUCUCCUCAGCACAUCCUACCAGCAGACAGGUCUUUGAAAUGAGCCACUGUGCUGGCUCCUGAGUUUCUGAGUUUCUGCAUGUAUGUACCAACUUCAUGAUUUCCAGCAGGGUUCAUCUCAUCUCAUCUCAUCUCUGUGGCAUGACUACUUAGGAAUGGCCCUUUAUUCACAGUCCCAACCUCUUUAACUUAGGGAAGGGCAUGUGAGCUGCUUCUUCUCAGUCUGAUCAGUCAUUCUAGAUGAAAGUGUGCUAAGAGCACCUUCAGAACCACAAAAGAGCAUUCAUUGUCAGGGUAAAACAGGUACAGCCCACAGCAGCAGCUAGGAAGAAAGGUAAAGUAACAAUGUUAAAUUUCAUUUGCACUUCCCCACCCCAGAGACAACCUGUUUUGAAACAUUUUUAAGGUAGAAAAGGUUACAGUAAAGGGAGGAGUUGCUGAGAGUCUCACAAGAGACAGAUAACAUUGUUUAUUCUUCUCAGUAUUCCCUAUAUAGAGAGAUGCAGGAUCAAGUCAUCACCACCCAACCAUGAUGCAGCUGGAUUAUCUUUCAUCAAGCCUCCAUAUCAACAGAAUGGAAAUUAAUAAAUUCUAAAUACAUGUUUUUGUUCUAUUAGAAACCCAAUAAGGACAAAUGUAAAUGCACUAAAGUAAGCACCAUGUGUAGAUCUGGACUUGCAUCAUAUGGGGUUUUUAGCAAAAAACAAAACCCAAAUGAACAAAAAACCCAACUCUAACUGGAUUACUUUAUUUAAAUAGAAUUCUUUGCAUGAGCCAAGGCUGCAGGAGUGGGCCCUAAGAGUUUAGAAGUUUGGUUUAGUGAUAGGUACUUUUGUUUGUAUUUUCAGUGAAAUGUAUUUUCUUUUUUUUUUAUAUUAGUGAAUUGAUAUGACUUCCAUAGAAACAACAAAAAAUAGUCAGUUAUAGGGAUAAUUAUGUCUAAUAGCUAAUUAUUAAAAUCAUGCCUCAAUAAGAGUCACUUAAAAUCGGGUGCUAUAUGAGCUUCAGCAUAAAAUUGCUUUAUAUAUGGAACACUGCAUACCAAGAACAUAGUGGAUAAGAAUUUGUAAAUACAGACACUUGUUUAUUUUAUCCAUUGUUUUAUAAUGGAAAAAAUACAUGUUACUGGAAUAUCUCCAAGCAAAGUUCUCUUACAUAGUGUUCUAGCAACAAAUUUGUUUUCUGGACAACUAUUUGAGUCUCUGAUCACUGACACAGAACUGCAAAAAAUCCUCAAAACAGUAUGAGCUUGUGUAAAGAGAGGCUUAGGACUGUUCUGGCUAUCAUAGAGUGGAUAUAGUUGAAUAUCCUGCAAAGUUCAGCUCUGUGGGCACAGAGAGCAGCUCAGUGAUUGUGCCAUAUACACAAUGCAUGGAGUCAGUGCAUGCAGACUUCUGAGAUGGCAUUAGCUAAGGCUUGUUUGCUACAAGAAGAGUUAUUUGGCUUGCUAACUGUUUGAAAUCAAAUUUUUUUAAUCAACAUCACUGCAAACACUGAAAUACUGUAGUUUUGCAGAAUGUAUGUUCCAUAAAUUGUAGUUUAACUGUAAUUGCAGGGCUUAUCCUACUGUUAGAGCAGUUCAGAUCCAACACUAAACUGCAUUUUGUAAAUUAACAAAUGCCAUUAAAUUCCUCUCAAUAUUUUGUAAUAGUAUACACAAGUUGAUGUCAUUUAGUCAUACCUUUGUUUCAAGAAUCUUCAUCACAUAUUUCUAUAGCCAAUUCAGCUUUUGGCUGCUGAAAGCACAGUAGGCAAUUAUGGUUAUUUACUGUAAAGAUAGAAAGUUUUAUGUAAAUAUUUCUGGGGGAAAAUGCUACAUGAACAUAUGAAGCAGUUAUCUAAAAGUAAGAACAUAGGCCAAUAAUAAAAAAUGCAAGUUUUAUUUAUGUACAGUAGCAUCCUAAUAUUUACUUGUUUAUAUGCAGAAGAAAAUUCAUAUGAUUCUGUACUGUAUUCUCUGAAAGCAUUUAAAAGAGGCUCUGCCAUUUUCUCUGGUUAUUAUAUUUGCAAAUAACUCAAAUUUAUUGGAAAUCCAUGUAAAUUAUGUCAAAUGGGAAACAUGUUACAUUGCAAUGAAAUUAAUUUAAUUCAAAAAUCCUGGCAAAAUUCACUGGAUUAAAAUCUAUACAUAAAUUCAAUAGCCAGACAGAAUAAACUACAAUAAAUAA